AAACGGCGCUCGCCUUCGCGCGAAAAUCAAUAUGACGCGGGCAAAAUUCGAACACGGAUACAAAUAAAAUUUCUUCCUUAUUUUUUUAUUAAUAUCUUGUGAAAGAUUCUUCUUUUCCAGAUCUCGCCGUGCUCGAAAAAUGUGCGGGAUAUAUUUGAACAGUUAAGGUUUCUUUACCCCUACAGAGAGAGAUGCAAUUGAUUGACGAAGGCUCUGACGAAGGGUAAGAAUGAGACGUCAAAGUAUUGUGUAGCUACGUCAGGUUUGCACGAGCGAUAUAAGUUCAUCAGCUGAUUCUCUCAAAAUGGCCGACGCGUCUGUGCGUGAAACGUCGCGGUGUGAUUACAAAUAAUACUCUAUACAUAUUUUCGUUAUCCCUUUCUUUAAAAAAAUGGCCACGCAACGUGCGCUUCCGCAAAGUAAAGAAGCUUUAUUGAAAUCGUACAUGACAAGGUUGAAGGAUGAUGUAAAGUCGAUGCUAGAAAAUUUCGAAGAAAUAAUCAAACUUGCGAAAGGAGAAAAUGACUCACAACUAUCUCGGAUGACACAAUGCGAACAAGACACGUAUGAAAUGCACGUCAGAGCGGCCAAUAUUGUGCGUGCUGGCGAAUCGUUAAUGAAACUAGUCUCCGAUAUAAAGCAAUAUUUAAUCCUGAAUGAUUUUCCGUCUGUAAACGACGCCAUAAUACAAAACGGCAAGUUAUUUAGGACUAAACAAGUGGAGUGUGAUCAAAAAUUAGCAUCUCUGAGGGACGACAUGGCUGCGGAUUUGUAUGAUCUAGAAGAGGAAUAUUAUACUUCGAUAUACAAAUAACAUUAGUUUAGAAUUUUGUAAUAUAUGAGACUGUGUUAUAAUUUGAAUCACGAUUCGUUAAAAUGUGGUUUAUCAACUUGUACAAAUCAAAUAAUCAAUAUCUUAACUCGUGAAUUUAAACAUACAUGCACCUACAUUGCAUAUUUAAAUAAAUAAGAUUAAUUUUCUACAAUA